AUGGCGUCUGACCGGCAUCACAGCACACUUUCAAAUUCACUUUUUCACACAUACCAGCGUCAGGCAGGUGUCAGUGUGGGUGGUGGAAACAGUAACAGCAUGGCAUUGCCUUUUGUUUCCAUACCUGAUGCCUCAUGGCAGGAACAGGAUACCCCAUCCUAUACUGUCUGGUCUUGCAAUGCUCAGGAUGACCUCUACAAGCUUACUAGUUGCUCCCAGAGCGGCAUCAAAAGCAGAAAACCUGAUAUUGCUGGUUGCGAUGGGGAGACUGAUCUGCAAGAUCUAGUGUCAAAUAUUUUGGAUGAAGCAGAUUCACAGGACAGCUACCUCUGCCAAGGGAGCAUACCCAACCCCAUCUGGUCCCCUAAGACAUUGACAGAAGAACUGCUGCAGUAUUUUCAAUCAGAUGCUAGCACACAGCAUAACCCUUCUUUUCCUCCAAACCAACUAUCCCAUGAGACUUUCGGUAAAACACAGCAACUGUCAGUGAAUCAAGAUGUUAAGGAGUUGAGUCAACAAUCCAGUGGCUUUGCUAACAAUCAAACAUGGCUUUUUAAUUUGCCUAACGGAGACAGCUACUGCCGACCUGCCCAGAAGCUGCCCUCAGUCGCACCAAUGCCCAAUGCAGGAAGCACCUACCCAUCACAGACACAACCAGUCAGCAUGUCAGCUUAUAAUGACAGAGGCAUUGGACAGCCUAUGAAUAAUUUUCUCAACCUCAGUGACAUUUUUAGACCUCAAAGUGCAACGAGCAGCAGCUGUUUUGAUCCUUUCCAUGAAGAUAACUUGAUUCAGAACAGUGUAAAGUCCAUUUAUAGUGAGCAGUAUGUGCCAGAAGACAUAAACCAGCUAGUCAGCAGUUUUCAGUCAGUCAUGGCUGAUAGCGUAUAUCAUGGAGACUUUCCAAACACACACAAGCUGGCAUUGGGCAUGCACCAUGAAGAUAGCAUGGCUGAAGAAUGGGAAAUCACCAGCCCUGCAAUGUCAACACAAAGUACUCCCGCAAUGCAGAUCCCAAAACAGCUGGUGGGAGAAUUUGGGACAAGACAGAGGGAAAGAACUGAAGGAGUGAGGAAACAAACAUUUAAAUGUGAUGCGUUUCAAGAUCGAUGUGAUUUCACCCCUCAAAACACAGAGUGCUUCCAGCAAUCAAAGCCCUUCUCUGCACCUUUAAACAUCCCAAACCAAUACCAAAACAAAAUGACAGUGCACAGAGAGAACAUUAAUGUAAGUAUGAACCAAUAUUCAAACCAUCAUAUCCAGCUGAGCCAGAUACAGAACAAGAUCAAGCCACAGAUACAGAAAGAAAAAAAGAGGAUGCACAUGUCUGGAGUACUGGGAGAAGACUUUUCUAGGAGGCCCCAAACCAACGCUCACAUGAGAGAGGGAGAUAAACAACACCUCUCACAAAGCCCACACUUUGACUUCCAGAGCAGCCAGCAGUCUCAGAGCAGCAUAUUCAGUGGAGGGAAUGUACAGCAGGUGAUGCCUUUCAUGUAUCCUGGAAAUGACCUCAGGAGGCAGCCCAGCAUGUCCAUCAACUCUAACUUCAGCUCUAGAUCCACAUUACCCUAUGGUAGUGGUGUUCCUGGUGCUAAUGUGGGUGAUAUGAUAUCAGCCAAUGAUUCUCAAGCUUUCAACUCUUACGUCGGUGACAUAAGGACCCACAGAGCAGAGAGCACUUGUCAUGUCCCGGCCUCUGCCAUGACGACUUCAGUGCUGAUGAAUCAGGGAGGACCUGUGAUCCAGCCUUGCUUCUACCUGUGCGAGUGUUACGAGCAAUGGAGGUUUCUGGAGAAGGAGAGAAAGAAGAUAGAGGCCACCCUUAAAACAGUUUUUAGGAAAGGGCCUGCAGGAGUGACCAACAUGAACCUACCCAAAACUCCACCAUACCCCACAACAAUUGACCACCUGAUUGUUAAUCAGACACGACAAUACACAAAGGUGGAAAGCCUUCUGGAACGGAUGGAGUGUCUGUGUAGCACUCCUCUAUGCAGCAACAUCCACGCAGCACUGAAGAGGCAUCAUAUGGCUAUUUGCAUCACACAAGCAAGAUGCAUGGACACUGCAAACAUGACCAAACACCAGCGACAGAAACCUCAUUUCACAGAGGACAGAGGACCCUUGUUGUUGAGCAUUUCAGUGAAGGACCUAGCUGCCUCCACUAGGAAACUCCGUACAGCUCUGUGGUGUGCUCUUCAAAUGACACUGCCAAAGGCUGGCAAGAUGCAGUACCAUGUUAACAAGGAGGACACAUGUAGUGUAUAA